AUGUUGCAGGAGGAGUUCCAAGGAACAGUCAAGGUACGCAUUGUUAAACUACAGAUGCUCAGAAGAGAUUUUGAAAAUCUUAAAAUGAGGGAUAAUGAGACUGCAAAAGAUUACUAUUCUAGAAUUAGAGAAAUAGUAAAUAAAAUGGGAGCCUAUGGAGAAAUAAUAUCAGACAAGAAAAUAGUAGAUAAAAUACUAAUUUCUUGUACAGAAAAAUAUGAUGCAAUAAUCUCUGUGAUAGAAGAAACAAAAGAUUUAGAUACUUUAUCACCAACUGAAUUAAUGGGCUCUCUCGAAGCAUACGAAAGUAGGCGAGAAAGGCAUAGUGAAAAUUCGACUGAAGAUGCCUUUCAGUCUAAAAUUAAUCUGCGGUCUCAAAAAUCUAAAGCUGAUGGGAGAAAAUCACUAGAAAAUUUUAAAAGCAGGAGUUAUCAAGAAAAACAAAAAGAAAAUAACGACAAGUAUUCUCCAUGUGACAUUUGUAAAAGAAAAAGUUACUUGGAGAAAGACUAUUGGUUUAAAGGAAAAUAUCAGUGCCGAAAUUGUAAAAAAUUUGUCCAUACUGAAAAAACUUGUCGUAUUAAGAAAUCUCAUCAAGCUAAUUUUUUAGAAGAGAAAAAUGAUGAACAUAAUUUCUUCUAUGUCUGCCAAGCUGCACCAGAAGAAAAAGAUACUUGGUAUCUAGACAAUGCUUGUAGUAACCACAUGACAAAAAAUAAAAACAUCUUUUGUAGUCUUGAUAAAUCCAAGACUAAAGUAAAAAUUGGCAAUGGUGACUUCAUGGAAGCAGUUGGCAAAGGCACCAUUGUCAUUGACAUUAAAAAAGGCAAAAGAUACAUCAAUGAUGUACUCUUGGUACCAAACAUCGAUCAGAACCUACUCAGUGUAGGACAAAUGAUUGAAAAAUGGUACUCUUUGCAUUUCGAAGGAGAUUGUUGCACAAUCUAUGACAAGCAAGACAAAUCCUUUGAAAUUGAAAAAAUAAAAAUGAAAGAAAAUAGACGCUUUCCUUUAUAA